GUUUGUCCUGGCCAUUGGUAACUCACGAACUCCCACUCCCCAGCUCUGCACCCCUCUUCAACUUCUAGUUGGCAGGUUUUAAUUCAAGCUUUUCAGGAUCUUGAGAUUUUUUUUUUUCCCAAUCUUUUGAUCGGGAAAAAGUAAAAUACUCGGGGUUUGAAAGCUCCAUUUCACAAACAGGCAAGCUGUUUGAUGCAAUUCCUCUGAGAAUCUUGAAUAUGUUUCCUCGCUAAUAGGAGCAAUCUCAACCGGACUUGGACCAGCUACCGAGACUAGAAAUCAUUUUCUUUAAAUUUCUUCUAGACUAUUUCAAGCCCUUAUGCAGAUUGAUAUAUUUGAAGCAGUAGUGCAGAAUCAGCUUCAUGCAGGUGCUGUGAGUUGCUCUAUGAAAUUUGAUAGUAGGACAGUGUGUUCCACCAGAAUCAGAUUGAGCAAUCACAUGUGCCACAUAUUCUUGCAAUGGGCUACCAUGGCCUUACCUACCAAGUUCUUGCAUGCGGUAUGAGCUCAUGAUGCAAAGUGCCAAGUUUGCAGCUGGCCAUGUCCUUAUCUCUGUCUGUCUCUCUCUCUCGCGGUUAUUUCUGUGCGUGGCCCUGUCUGUGCAUGUGCACGUGGGUGUUGCUGUUGCUGCUGCUCAGUAAUGGAGGUGGUCUGGAGAAUCUCUUUUCUUCUUCUCUGUGCUUUUCAGCUUGUUUCUGCACAACAAACGACUGAUGCUGAUGAAGUGGCUGCCCUCAACAAGAUUGUAAAUUACUGGAACUUAAGAAGCAAAUUGAAUCUUACUAUUGACCCUUGUGCUCAGAGUGCAUCAUGGGCUCCUGAGAAUGCAAAUCCCCGUGUGGCUUGUGACUGUGGCGGCAACACCUGCCACAUCACCCAUUUGAAGAUAUAUGCUUUAGAUAUUUCUGGUGAAAUACCCAAAGAACUAUUUCUGCUAAAGGAGCUGAUGGACUUGAAUCUGGGUCAGAAUGUAUUGAGCGGGCCCUUGCCAGUUGAAAUCGGACAAUUAUCAAAUAUGCAAUACCUUAGCCUGGGCAUAAACAAUCUGACAGGUCCAGUGCCUUCAGAGCUUGGUAAUUUAGCCAAGUUGAUUUCCCUAAGUUUUAGCUCAAACAAUUUCUUUGGACAAUUACCUGUUGAUCUUGGAAAAUUGACCUCCUUACAGCAGUUGUACAUGGAUAGCAGUGGAGUGAGUGGACCAAUACCCCAAGAACUUGCAAACUUAAAAUCCCUUCAUACUCUGUGGGCAUCUGAUAAUCUCUUUACUGGAAAGCUUCCAGAAUUCCUUGGGACUCUUACAGAACUCAAGGACCUGCGACUUCACGGUACAUUGCUUGAAGGCCCAAUCCCAAGCAGUUUUGGUGCUCUAAUUAAGCUAGAGAAUCUGAGAAUUGGUGAUCUUAGUAAGGAAGACUCUACUCUUGAUUUCUUGGAAAAGCAGACAAGUUUGUCCAUACUAUCAUUGAGAAACUGCCGAGUGUCUGGUGAAAUUCCAGAACGGAUUGGCACAUUUGCUAAGUUGCAAUACUUGGACUUAAGCUUCAACCAGUUGACUGGCCUAAUACCAAACUCAUUCCAAGAUUUUUCUUUGUUGCAAUAUCUAUAUCUUGGAAACAAUAACUUGGGUGGACAGCUGCCUGAGAAUAUUACAAGUCCAAUGCUCAUUGCAUUAGAUGUCUCCUUCAAUCCCAUCACUGGCAAUCUACCUCUAGAUUUUGCAAGAGGAGGAUUUUCAAUGAAUGUUAUUGGAACAUCCAUCAAUGCAAAUAGUUUACUAGACGGGAAGGCAAUUGGGAUGCUGCAAUGCCUCCAAGGAAGCGCCAAGUGCACUAACCAAGUUCCAGCCACUUCAUUUUCAAUUAAAUGUGGAGGCAUGGAUCAAAUAUCUUCAUCUGGCGUCAACUUUGAUGACGAUUCUGAAAAACUGGGAGCUGCUUCAAUGUACGCACACUCCAGUUAUCAAUGGGCAGUGAGCAACACUGGAAUUUUUAUUUCCAAUCCAAAUGGACCAAUAUAUAUAGCAAAGACCGAUACUCAAAUCACGAAUACUUUAGAUUCCGAACUGUAUAAAACAGCAAGGAUUUCACCAAGCUCACUAAGGUACUAUGGCCUUGGCUUGAAUAAUGGGAAGUAUGUUGUUGAGCUUCACUUUGCAGAGAUAACAAUGGAUGAUACUCAGUCUUGGAAAGGUCUUGGUAGGCGCUUAUUUGAUAUUUACAUUCAGGGUGAUCGAGUUCUUCAAGACUUCAACAUUCAGAAGGAAGCUGGUGGAUCCAAAAGAGCCUUGAUCAAAACAUUCGAGGCAAAUGUAACAAACACAAUCAUGGAGAUCCACUUCUUCUGGGCUGGGAAAGGCACUUGCUGCAUCCCAUUUCAAGGCACAUAUGGACCCUUAGUGUCAGCAGUCCAUGUUUAUCAAGCCGGCGCCACGGAUGCUGUCUCUUCUUCUAAACGGAACAAGAAACAUGUCGGAAGACUUCUUGGGAUAACACUUGGAUGUGCAGCCGGCUUUUUGGUAAUCUCAUCACUGUUCUACUUAUGGUGGGCCAAGGAAUCAUCUGGGCACAUUCGAGUACACAUAGCCUCACCAAGGAAGCGAUGAUUCCAUUAAGAUGGCCUCAGUGGGUGCACAUCUUGGAUGCCUCUUGUAAAUGUUUUGGGUGCCUUUUUGUUUUUCAAGGACAAGUUUCCCUUAAAUAAUCCUAAAGCUUCCUAACCAAAUUUGAUGGUCCUAUUAAUGAAGGCCUUCUGGUUGGUGUGAAAGUUAUUAAAUAUUUGGAUAGGAAGACUAUUGUGAAAAUAUUGAAUGGUUUAUGAAGUUAGCAUCUUUGUUCUUA